AUGGAGAGUUUGUUAGCACCACUACUGUUGGUAGCAGUGGCGCUGGCAGCUGGCCAGCUGAUUGCUCAAUCCUCGUCGUCAUCGGCGGAGAGCGUGGAGCGGCCGGACCACCGGUGCCGCCGACAAACUGACGGGUCUUGGGAGCAAUGCGACCCAGGACGCUGCUGCAGUAAGUCGCGUUACUGCGGCGACGGCUACGCAAAUUGUAGCCCCAAACAUUGUGCCAACCAGUGUCCACCACCACCACCUUCUGACGUAGGACCUGCAACGGGGGAAAAAAUUGUGGUGGCGGCUGCCGCCACAGAAAACCACUACUUUAAUGCCUCUUCUUCUUCCUCGUCGUCGCCAUUGUCGUGUGCAACUUCCCUCUCGAGCCUGCCCUUGUCUUCCCUUCACAAAUAUCCUUGGGCUGCUGUACGGGUGGCCGCAGUACUACUAGUACUACCUAUUGCGGCCGCGCUGUUUGAAGGGAGGAGUUCAUCAUGA